CCACUUCAGUUGUAAGAAAGGAGGCAUACAUGCAGUCUUCUGGCUCUCCCACUUUUGCUUCCAUUAACUUCCAUCAACAACUUGUCCUUCUUCUUCAGUUCACACAAAUCAAUCCUUCAAUCCCCUCUCAAAUUCCUUGUUUCGUAGCGCUUAAUGAUGCUGUUGAGAAAUUCUUCAACCCCGAUUCUUAAUUCUUGGCUUCACCAAUCCAAAUCCUCCCCUUCAGAAUCGGACCAAAUCCUCCCGUUUCGAAGAACCAAAUCGCUUUCGUUUACAGCCUCUUUUCACCCUCCACCGCCUUUAUCCAAUGAUUCAGCGAAGAGGGUAACCCAAAAUCUGCUAGAAUUAGAUAUUACAGAUCCCAGAAAGAAGAUUUCAUUACCCAAGAGCUCUAAAUUUCAAUCGGGAGUAAAAUCAGUUCGAGAUCAAGAUCUCAGACCCACUUCAGAUUCGCCGUCGUCUUCGAUUCCUGGAGUGUUUUUGAAUUCUGGGUUGGGUCUGAAAGUGCCAAAUGAUGAGGUUCGCGAUGAAUGCGUUCUGCAGAUGCUGGUGGUCGACGCCGGAACGGGAAGCGACGGCGGCCGGGUGUGUGGCGGAGGAGGAGGUGGAAGCGGCGGAAGAGGUUCCAACGGCGGUGGUGGAGGGGAUUCUGAUAAGUCAGGGUUUAACCAUAGCACAGAUGCUUAUUAUCAGAAGAUGAUUGAAGCCAACCCUAACAAUGCUCUUCUACUUGGAAAUUAUGCUAAGUUCUUGAAAAAGGUUCAUGGAGAUUUUGCCAAAGCCGAAGAGUUUUGUGAAAGGGCAAUUCUGGCUGAUCCAAAUGAUUCAAGUGUUCUAUCGCUUUAUGCUGAUCUUAUUUGGCAUACACAGAAGGAUGCUCAACGAGCUGUGACGUAUUUUGAUCAAGCUGUUCAAAGUUCCCCCGAUGAUUGCUAUCUUCUAGCUUCAUACGCACGGUUUCUCUGGGAUACCGAUGUCGACGAAGAAGACGAUAUGCCCCAGCAGUAUGAAACAGAGGAAAGGCAUCCGUCUCGGCCCGGUUUCUCACAUGGAGCUCCUCACCAUUCUCCUCUGGCUGCAUCUUCCUAAUCUCAUCAAAUAUAUAACUCACUACUACUUUCCUUGCCACUGUAAGAUAUCUUCAAUAAACCAUAAUCUCAUUACCGUCUUUUGCUUUAGUACAUGUGUAUGAACAUGAUUCUCUCACUUGUGACCCUUUCUAUAACUCAUAAAAUGUAAAAAGUUCAUAAAUAAACCCACUUUUGAAGCCCCUUUUGCC